GGGACUCAAAGAAAACCCAAAAGUCUUCCUCCCCUUGAUCCAGAAGUUCUUUCUGUAUUUGUGCCUCCGUUUAUCAGCAGAGAGGACACUCAGCUGAUUAAUGCUGGUAAUAACUUGAAUAAAAGUAAACGCCGGUCUUUCCGAAAGAAAAAAGAGAGACCAAAGAUUGAAAACGUGAAGAGUCUCAAUGGGGAGCAGAAAGCAUCUGACACUGAAGAUAUUACAGUUCCAAAGGACAUUGAUCUUAUUGGUUUGCCACAGCUCUGCUUCCCAGGAGGACUUUAUAUAACUUCUGAAGUGAAAGAGGACCACAUUCAUUUCCUGGUCUUCACAGAUGUCUGUGGUAACAGAACAUACGGUGUUGUUGCACAGUACUACCAGCCUAUGCAAGAUGGCUGUAAUUCCUCGAAUGGGCAGGCCCAUUGGGAAUCUGCACAGACUGGGAAGAUGCCUGUCUGUUUCGUACCGUUCGCUGUUUGUGUCAUAUCCAGAUAUCCAUAUUUUAAUGCCCUCAAGGAUUGCCUCUCUUGCUUACUAGUGCAACUGCGACCAUUCAAGGAUUUAGAUGUUGAGGAGCACAUAAAAGAAUUUGCAGCAAAAUUAUUUUUAAUACCCAGCCCUCCACCAGGACCACUCCACUUGGUAUUUAAUCUGAAACCACUUCAGAUAAUAAUUCCUUCACGAGAGGAUCCAGACAGUCCAAUUAUUGACUUGGAUCUUCAUCUUCCAUUGCUGUGUUUCAAGCCAAAGCAGGUGCUACAGAUUAUGACCUGUAUUUUGACUGAGCAGAGAAUAGUUUUCUUCUCUUCUGACUGGGCUCUGCUGACUCUCAUUGCCGAAUGCUUUAUGUUGUACCUUCAUCCUCUUCAGUGGCAACACACUUUUGUGCCUAUUCUGUCUCGUCACAUGCUGGAUUUUGUGAUGGCCCCAACAUCUUUUCUGAUGGGAUGUCAUAUUGAUCAUUUUGAAGAAGUUAGCACGGAAACUGAAGACUUAAUUCUAAUUAAUAUUGAUAAUGGAGAUAUUACACAUUCAAAAAUGGUUGAAGAAGAACCUGAAAUUCCAGAUGUUCCAGCACAAGCAGCAGAAACUUUCAUAAAAAGAGUGGAGAGUCUUCAGCUGCAUUAUGACCUAGAGCUCUGCCAUCUCCGAGCCAGCACAGAUCUCGGUGAACUCCAAAUGCGUAGAAGGGCUUGGCAACAGAAACUGAAUACAGAAGUUCAGCAAAUGACUUUGCAGUUAAUUGUUAAUAUCUUCAGGGAGGUAAAAGACCAUCUAAAUUAUGAACACAGAGUAUUUAACAGUGAAGAAUUUCUGAAAACAAGGGCAAUCGGAGACCAGCCAUUUUACAAAAAGGUUUUGGAGACCUACAUGUUUCACUCUUUUCUUAAAGCUCGUCUGAACAGAAAGAUGGAUGCUUUUGCUCGACUUGAGCUGAGUACCCAGUCUGAAGAGGACAGGUAA